AUGGCAUUUUUCAUCAGUUCCUGUGGGAUUACUACUCUUCUUCAAUAUUAUUCGCCUCCUGGCAUCAAAAGAAUUCUCGGAACACUCUUCGAAUUGAGUUACAUACUAUUAACAAUAUUCGCUCCAUAUUUUUCUCUCCAGAUGAGUGAACGCUGGCAGAACGAAUUCGAUUUGAUUAUGGUGAAAAUCGGAAUCAGACGACCGGCAAAAGUGAAUGACGUCACGGAGAGAUCAAAAAGACUGAAAAAUACAUUUGGAGAUCAAAUGGAUUUUGAAAGAAACAAACAUAGUGAUGUGUAUUUUGAACAGUUGAAGAAGACUUGGAGUUUCAAAAAAUUGAAAAACUGA